AUGAACUCGUCACUACCCACGCUUCAGAGACCUUCUCCUGCCUCGCCACGAAAGCACGUGACGGGCUCACCUCCUGGCGCCGCAACUGUGCAGCGAGCGGUGGGUGGCUCCACACUGCACGAGCGGCUUGUCACGCGACACCGGGAAGCCAUUGAGGCUUUCCGCACCAGCGCCCGGUCGUUCAACAAUGACGUUGAUUCAGAGCAGCAGGAGCGUGUAGCACUGCUGCACACCGCCGUAGCUGAGAGCCACGCGACUACCUUGUCGACUAUAGCCCAGGAGCAGCAACGACUUGCUGAGCGACAGGCAGAGACCCAGGCGCACAACGAAGCGCUUCGGGGUGCUGACCCCGAUGCAGUGCUGCCCGUGUGCGCCGACGUGUACCACUGCUCUACCGCCGACGAUCAAGGCCGCGCACGGGCUGUGGCUCUCAUGCAGCAAGAUCGGCUGUCUCUCAUGCAACGCCUCGUGGAGGUGCGAGAUCAUUACCGCAGUCGAGUAGAAGCAAUCGACGCGUGCUUCGCGGACAUCGCCAGUGCGGAGGAAGCACGCCGCAAACACAUCCAGGCGGCAGUGCAGAAUCUGAUGGACAGCCUCACCCGCAUCGCCGUCACUAGCACAACCGAGUCACAGGUACUUGCUCAGCGCAUCCUCCACCACACAAAUGAACAGCUCGGCGGGAACUACUUGGCCGCGCAGACGAUGGCGACGCAGCUUCGGCAGCGAGAGCUGUACAAGCACCAACACUACCAGCGCACGCUGGUCACCAUCUACCGGGACAUGCAAAUGUGCAUGGCUCAGCAGCACGUGGCGUGGUGCAUCACAGUGUUGCGCUCGGCUCUGUUCCGCCGCCCGGAGGGGCGGCUGCAGUCUGUGCAGGCAGCGGGGCGCUUAAUCUCAGCCAUCCGCAGCGAGGCUGAGGGGCUCACUCGCGGGUUGACGGAGGUGGUGGAUUCCCUCGAGGUCGCGCAGCCGUCUGCGACCACCACGGAGCUUCAGGUGUGUGGCGGCAGUGGCACCAACGGGUGGCUGCGCUGCUUUGAAUCAAACGUGCAUCGUCCCAUCUUUGUCGGCGAGGACCCGCGGGCGGUGCUAGAGGAGUGGCAGAUGCGCGUGAGCGUUCUUUUACGUCACUGCCGCGCGCGGUGUAACGAGCUGAUCCUCCGCGUGAGGACCGACGAGGCUACGCGCACGAGCGUGGCGGCUGAACUUGCGGCGCACACACUCGAAGAUGUCGAGGCGAUUGCGCGUCCGCUCGGCGAAGAGUCGGGGCUGUUGCAACGCGCAUCUCUCGCGUACAGCGGCACUGAUAAGGAUGGGUCGGAGGGGCCACCCGGCGAAGCUGGUGACAUGCUCGACGACGCCCUUCUCUCCCUCACCCGUGCCCAUCCCGGGGUGCUCGCUAUGAAACAAUCCAUGGCACAGUCCGCUGCGUGGGCCCUGUGCGUCCCAACCAUCGAGCAGGAAGGGAAGUGGUUUGUGCACCUUGUGUCGGGUGGCUUUCGACGCGGCUACAUCCAGUUCUGUGCCGACGCCGCCACGUCUACCGGCAGCAUGCUGGUUAGUCUUGAGGGCGCCACUGACGUCCUCCUUGUCUCCACCUGCGGCAUCCUCGGCAACCUGCGUGAGCUCUACGCGCAGUGGCACGAAAAAGAGAUGGACUACCGCGACGAGGUGACACGGCUGGAGCUGCAGCUUCGUUUGUUGGAGGAGGAGCUCAGACAACAGGAGACACCUGCGGCUGCAGAGACACAGUACACGGCGGGGCUGAUGUGCCUCCAGUCGAUCAUCGACGCCCACACUCGCUACUACGAGGCCGUUCGCAGCCGUGUGGCGAAUGCAGCAGCAGACGUGUUGCGAGUCGGUCAGGCGUGUGUCGGGGAGCUGAGCAGGCAGGCAGGGCUGUCGUGGAUCCGGUUGAGCUCCUCUGACGUGGGUGAGGCACUAGAAACUCCACAAGAGCAGCUCAAGCACAACAACUCCGCUGACACUCUACGUACAACCACGCACAGCAGCGGCACUAUCAGCGGUGUCCUCCUUGGCUCACCGCACAAGAACGGGGCUGCCGUUGUGCCCACCUCUGAUGCACGGCCAUGGUCCACCACGCACGGGGAGGAGUUCAUCAUCGACUCCAUCGCCUUCCGCUUUACUUGCGUGACGGCACGUAGUGACGGUGCCAGCAGUGGCAAUUCAACUGCGAAGGCGGAUGUGAGUCUGGAGGAUUUUGAUGUCGAUGACAAGGCGGCGUCAGCCGGGGCGAUUCCGGGCGCAGCGUGCCAGCAAUUCUACCUGGACCUGCUCCCCGAGCUGCACCCUGCACAGCAAGACGCAGCGUUGUUCCUCCCCCAGUCGCGGGUGGUGGAGUGGAAGGAGAAGCUGCGACAUGCUCUCAUGGAAUGGGGCCUUAACUUACAGCGGCGUGCAUGGGAGAACUGGCGGCUGUACACAGCGGCUUUUCAGGCCGAUGUGCAGCACCGCGUGAUGGAAGUGCUGCGGUACCAUCGGCGUCGCCCUGCGACGCUUCAAGCGAACGUCUACGAAGCCCGCGUGCGCGAGCUGAUGGACACAAAGAACAGAGGCGACAAGAUGCUCUCACGAAUAGCGGAACGUGUGACUCAUUUGCAGACACUCAAGCACGACUGUAUCACCCAGCUAUCACAGACUGGCUGGGACGAGGCGUUCGUUCGCGAGCGCACUGCCCUGAUCGGCAAAGUGCGCGACGCCAUGUCGAAAAAAGCUGUAAAGACGCUGGUGUGCCGGCACGACUCCCUCUGCGCCCAGUACCGCACAGCUCUGGCAGACCGCUGCGCUGAGGCGGUGCACACACUCGAAAGGGCCCAAGCAGCAAUUGAAGAGGACUGCGCUCAGCUCCUGCAUGAUCGAGCGGUGGAGCUGCGGGGUGGCAAUAAGACAGCGCAGCUGCCGGCGGGCGACCCGGUGCAGAGGGCUGUCGACCAGCUGCGCGCAGAGGUGCAGGGGAUGCUCACGCAGUCGCUUAAAGCCGUCGAUGAUCUGCAGCAGGAGCGCGUCACUGAGAUUGAGAGCUGGCAGGCGAAAUGGGAUCGCACAGUGGAGCACAGCAGCGCGGAGCUGAGCGUGUUUCAGACAGCACAGGAGGGUCUGGCCCGACUGAAGGCACAGGUGCAGACGAUGCUAACGACGGCAGCGACGGAGGAGGCAGCGCUUGCGGCAGAGGUAGCGGUUGUGGUGAAAGUGGUGGACGAGGCCUCAGUCGUGCCAGUGAUCGACUUGGCAGCCACUAUGCAUGCGCUGUUCAAAGAGGACCCCUCUGCAACCUCCCCAGCGGGUGUUCACGAUGGUGAGACGCCACUGACAACCGAGGAUCUGAAGGACAUGGUGGUGCACAAGCUCAACAUGGCCAAGGCUAUGCAGCGGGACCGCAUCCGUACAGCAUCUGUAUGUGUUGUUUUCGCCUCUCUUGACAAGCUCCGUGGGCUGCUGUACGAGCGUGGAUGCCGCUUAGGUCUGCUGGCGCACACAGUGGAGAUGUGGCGGGUGUCGCCGAUGCACUAUCUGCUGCCCUCGGCGCUGGGGGAAGAGGACCCCGAGGUGAUGCGAAGCCGUGCUGGCAACCGCAGCGCUGCCUUGAAGGCGAGCCGCCGCUGCAAAGACGCCCAGUCCGCUGCCUCUGCCGGACAUACCAUAAUGCCCCUCUCCACGCCGGCGACGUACGCUGAACAGGCGGCGCAGUGGACAACACAAGUACUGAAGGACGCAGAAGCUGCGGCACUGCGCCACGUCAGUGCCUUCCCAGGAGACAUGUACCGCCGACUGCCUGGUAUGACUGACGGCUCUGCAGAGCAGUUUAACGCCGCCGUAGCGGCCCUGUGCCUUGCUCAGCGGGAGCGAGUCAAGUCAUACACAACUAAGGCAGGGCAGCCCUUUCGACAACGUGUGCAGGAGCUGUGGAACGCACUACAGAGAACGCCCUCUCUCCUUGCGCACACCUUGCGCACGGAGGCCACGACUGCGAUCCUCGAGCGCGUCGGGGCUGUGCUGCAGUCAUGGUUGCGCUUUCAGAGGCAGAGCAGCGAGCAGUGGCGCGCGCACAAGAGCGCCGUCACGCUCUCCUUAGCCCAUCAGCCCAGCGCCACGGCCCUCACAUCGCUGUCAAAAGCGGAGGCGGCUCGCAGUGCUUCGGCAGAGUCGACUCUGCAGAAAGUGUGGGGCUGGAGUCUGCGGGAGGUGGAAGAUGAAGUUGGACUGCAUGUAGCUCGCUGCUGGACAGCCCUGCAAUCCUACUCACGCCUUCUCAAGGGAUUGGUCACCCCACAGCACCUCGUCUCUACGGCGGAUGUGGUGGAGGGCGGCCACCACCGCGGGCUACGGCACCUCCUGGAGCUGCGCGCGCAACACGAGCGGGCGGCCACAGAGUUGGAGGGGACGACAGGCGUGAAGAGGGACCCAUGUCUGCAGGAUUUGAUCUCGCUGCACCGCGCCGACGCCCCUGGUGCUAACCCAUCUGCGGCUAGUAAGCGGCGCGUCAGCUCAUCCGCGGCAGCAGCAGCAGCGACAAUGGAAGGUGUCACGCUCGUGCAGCUCUCGCAGUGGAGCGACAUUGAGCUACCCGGGCUGCCGCUGAACACCUGUGUCCCCCUCUCGCAGUACAACAUGCAGCACCCGCAGACUACCAUAGCCCCACCUCUGGCGGCAGCGGCGUAUGUGCCAGCUGCCACCCACCUUACCAGCGAUGGCAAGGGACCGCAAGGCCCCAGCAACAGGCGCAUCUCUGGGAUGACCUCCUCCGCAUCUGCAAGCUCAAGCGGCCGCAAAGGACAUUCAUCGACGGCGGCAGACGCAAAGGUCGCCGCUGCUGUCGCCGAGGUCUCUGUUCCGCUUCUCGUGCCGCGGGCUCCACUCGCGCUGGAGUGCGCCCAGCUCCUCCGCGCCGUGGUGCAGUCAGUGAGCUCGCAGGGCAACGACGCCGCUGGUGUCCUCAGCAACACAUUCGACUUCUACGAGCGGCAGGAAGCGCAGUGGCAGCAGACGUGGGCGCUGACCUUGAAGGACCUGGCGACAAUGUAA